AAGGAGAGAGCCACGAUGCAGGCAGCGAAUCACAUGAGCAGGGAUCUGUGUACAAACUGAACAGGAGCCUGUGCGAGCCCAGAGCUGGCUGGAGAAAACACUCGGCACCAUUACACAGAGCCAGGGCACAGCUGACUGAGGCAGACACACACACACACAUAAACAGACAGACAGAGAGAGGGAGAGAGAGGAGAGACAAGCACGGGAGAGAGGAGAGGAAGUAAAGGAGACCUGGAGCUGUGUCUGAAAGGGUGGGUCCCUUUUGUUUUUGUAUCGUCUGCCGCUGUCACUCUGCUGUUUUUUCCCCCCCUCUCUGUCUCUAACUCAGCGCUGUGGUGCUGUUAGGAGCCGGAACAGAUGGUGUAGAGCAGGCAGAGCAGGCAGAGCAGGCAGCACAAUGCCAGCCACAGCUUGAGAGGGGGCUGCCCAGUGUUCACAGCCUGCUGCCGUCAUCUCGCCGCGGUGUGCCAUCCCCUCACUCCUUUUGUUUUCCAGCGCUGGCAAACAAGGUCAGGAUUUCUACCGUGAGCACUAGGAGAGAGAGAGGGGGAGAGAGAAGGAGAGACACAGGGAGAGGGAAGAGAAAGGAAGUAAGGAAGGAAAGACAGUGGCAUACGUGGAAACGGCUUUUCCUGGGCUAGAGAGAGAGGAACAGAGGGAGAGACGCAGAGAGAGAGAGAGAGAGAAAAGGAGGAAAGAAGAAGGAGGUGGAGGAUAGAAACCGUGCAGGGAGGAGGGGGGAAGGCUUGUGACUCUGUUUUGAAGGUAGACAAAGCAAAACAGCCGAACGUUCUUGGAAAAAGACUCGUUAUGACCCUGGAAGAUUUGGAGAACUGACUUUGUCAUUGUGGUCUCUCUGGAUGACUGAAACUGUGAUUUCCUCUAAAGGCAAAGGAUCAGAAGAAGUACAACGCAAAACACAAAAGAGGACAAAGUCAAAACAAUGCUGAGUAUUGGUUCACCUUAUUUUCGUAUUCAGCUCUCUCUGAGAAACGUGAGCAUGUGUUGAUGCCUUGUGGUUCAGAGUGGCAAUGUUGACACCAGUUCCCAACAAUGAGUGACUCAUCCGUGUAAAUGUUUCUUUUGGAGGAGAGGAGUGGAGGGCAACUAGUGGGGAAGAACUGGCAUGCCCAGCAGAGGCCAGGGCCUGUGGUCUGAUGCACUUGAGAAUUAAGCCCAGAUUUCAGGCUGAAGUGCUCAUAUCUAACCUAGAACCUGAAGCUGGAAAGUUGCCUCUACUGUCUGAACUUGGACUUGGAAGGAUUUGUGGUUCUGGGUGAAUAAGAGAGGAGAGAGGGACCCCCUCAGACGAGCUCAUCCACACUUCAUCACGCUCUUUUGGGACUCUUGGUGUUGCCACCCCACCCCCACCCCCACCCCCCCUGGACUUGGUGGUGAUCACCAGGGGUUCCUGUUUCAUGCACCCGGUCGUGUGGUGUGCCGGAUGUGUGUGUGGCCCAGGACUGCAAAUUAUCGACCCGUUCUGCAAGAUGACCUCUGAAGAGAUCUACCACCUCCCCCUGAAUGUCUACGUCAUCAUCCUGGGAAUCGGCCUCUUCAUCUUCCUGCUCAGCAUGAUCUUCUGCUGCUACCUGUUCAGGUUGAGGCGACAAGGCACAAGAGAACAAUAUGGAUACAAUGAGGUGGUGCUGAAAGGAGCGAGCAAGAAACUGAGUCUUCUUGGACAGACCUGUGCAGUGUGUUUGGAGGAAUUCAGGAGUCGAGAUGAGCUUGGAGUGUGUUUCUGUUCUCACGCUUUUCAUAAAAAGUGCUUGGUAAAGUGGCUGGAGAUCCGUAGUGUCUGCCCCAUGUGUAACAAACCCAUCUGCCGGCUCCAGCCAGACCCCCCUCAGGGAGCAGAGGGGCCGCAAGGCCUCCUGGAGGUGUGAGAGAGAGGCCCCUGACGCAGCCCUGCGGAGGGGGCUACGGCCCGAGGCACCAACACACAGCUUCAAGUGUCCUCUUUCUUAAAGAGAGAAGGAGAGAGUGAGAGAGAAAAGAAUAACACAACACUUCACUGAGGGAUAAUAAUAUCCUCUCCUACCUGACCACCAACACCAACACCCCCUCCAUUCUCCAAACAUCCUUUAUAGUCUCCUACACACACACGCACGCACACGCACACGCACACGCACACUCACACGCACACAACCACACACACCAACAUACAUGCACUUCUUAAAUGGACUUGGGUUGCCUGGUAACUGACAUAAAUACUAAGACAGAAGAAGGAGGUGACAGGAGAAUAUAUGUGUGGCCUAAUCUGAGAUGUUUGUGUAAUGGACUUUCUAUAUGUGGGAGGGUGAUAAGCUGAUGUAGGUGACCACUUGAGAAUUGUGUUCCUGUCCUGUGGCUCCACUGGUGUGUACAGUCCCUGGAGAAAUGGAAUUGACACUGCCCAACAUAAAGGUAACAGUAAGCUCACCCUGUCGGCGGUUUCACACAUGCUGGCAAAAACCUGCCACAGCCAUCAUGGGACCCUUAUACGACACAAGUUUGAAGUUAAACGACUAAACCUGUCACAGAUAUACCGGGGAAAAAAGUAUGUAUUUCAGCUGUGUCCGGUUCUGGUGUUGGAGAGCCACCCCACAAAUUGGUUUCCCCCAUACUUCUGUAGAUGAACAAGAGAUGAGAUGAGGGUCUCAGUUGAGCACAACAAACCACUUCCUGUCCAAUCAAAGCAAAGAUGGUGAAAUUAAUGACCCAAGGAGGUCAUGCGAGACCAAGACUAAUAACAAUUUUAGAUAGUGUUUAAGUUAUUUCUAAGUAGUUAUUUUGUAUUCUUAUUCUUAUCAUUAUUAUUGGCCUUCAAUAAAGUGUAAUGUUUCCGUGA